AUGGCUUUUUCUCGUGCGUCGUUCAUCAAUGGUCUUUUGGCCCUUCAAAUAUGUGUGGUUUUGAUGCUCGGAUCUUUGGAUUCCACUACCUCUUUCGGGCCUGUUACUUGGACCAAGCCCACGCCGCCCACGCCACCCAUGCCACCCACGCAUCAGAUUGCCGUUGAAGGGGUGGUGCUUUGCAAGUCAUGCAAGUUUAGAAAGAUGGACCCAAUUCCUGAAUCGGUGGUGAGGCUACAGUGCCGCACCAGGAGGCAUCCGACUGUAGUGGAGGGCAAAACCGACAAAAAUGGGUAUUUCUUCAUUCAACCACCAAAGGAGGUUACCACAUUCAGUGCACGCAGGUGCAAGGUUUUCUUAAUAUCGUCCCCAUGGGCGUACUGCAAGCUGCCGACCGACCUUAAUGGUGGAGUGAGCGGGGCCAGCUUGUCUUUCAGGACCAAACUGUCGGGCCCCAACCCUAUAGCCCUCUUUUCUGUUGGGCCACUGGCUUUUGCUCCCAACAAGACCUCUUGUCCCUUUUCACCUUGAGAGGGAGAGAGAGAGAG